GAGCCCGGCGGCCCGGCGAUCGGCGCUUUCCGAGGGGCCCGUGGGCGCCGGAACCGGCCUCUUCUGCGCCCCCAGGAUCGCGAGAUCGUGAAAUGGGGCGAGGGUGCUGAGCUGCGGGGCCCGCGGCGCGAGAUGGGAAACUCUUGUCUAGUGAUGUGACUCAUUACAUGAUCCCAGAUUGGAAAGUUGUUCAAGAUUACCUCGAGAUCCUUGAGUUUCCGGAGUUGAAGGGAAUUAUUUUCAUGCAAACGGCUUGUCAAACUGUGCAGCAUCAAAGGGGCCGGAGACAGUAUAACAAAUUGCGAAACCUCCUGAGGGAUGCCCGGCAUGAUUGCAUUCUCUUUGCUAACGAAUUCCAACAGUUCUGCUACCUCCCUCGGGAGAGAGGAGAAUCCAUGGAAAAGUGGCAGACCAGGAGCAUAUACAAUGCAGCCGUUUGGUAUUAUCACCACUGCCAGGAUAGGAUGCCAAUCGUUAUGGUGACAGAAGACGAAGAGGCUAUUCAACAGUAUGGAAGCGAAACCGAAGGAGUGUUUGUGAUUUCUUUCAAGAAUUACCUGGACAAUUUCUGGCCUGAUUUAAAGGCCGCCCGCGAGCUUUGUGACUCCAUCCUUCAGUCUCGACGGGAAAGAGAGAAUGAGAGUCAGGAGAGCCACGGGAAGGAGUACGCAGAACAUCUUCCCCUGGAAGUGUUGGAAGCCGGCAUUAAAUCGGGACGCUACAUCCAGGGAAUCCUGAAUGUCAACAAACACAGGGCCCAGAUAGAAGCUUUCGUUCGACUUCAAGGAGCCAGCUGCAAAGAUUCAGGUUCAGUACACGCCUUACAUAAACUUCCGCACUCUGUCUCUAUUCUGAUAUUGCACAACGAAGAAAGUAAGGUUGAAACUGUCGUACCCUACCUGCCAACUGCCGAAUAUCUGACUCUUGUUGGACAGAUGUGUGAGAUGCCAGUAAACACACCAGGAAAUCCCUGGAAGGUGAGUCCUGAAGAGGAACGAGAACGUCAAGACUUGAGGAAAACCCAUCUUGUAUUCAGCAUCGACCCGAAAGGCUGUGAAGAUGUGGAUGACACACUCUCCGUCAGAACCUUAGAUAAUGGCCACUUGGAACUUGGGGUCCACAUUGCAGAUGUGACACACUUUGUGGCACCAAAUUCGUAUAUUGACAUCGAAGCCAGAACAAGGGCCACCACUUAUUAUUUAGCAGACCGGCGCUAUGACAUGCUGCCCUCCACGCUCAGCGCCGAUUUGUGCUCUCUUCUGGGAGGCGUUGAUAGGUAUGCUGUAAGUGUCAUAUGGGAAUUGGAUAAAACCUCCUAUGAAAUUAAGAAAGUGUGGUAUGGCAGAACCAUUAUUCGAUCAGCAUACAAACUGUUCUAUGAAGCAGCCCAGGAGCUGCUGGACGGAAACUUCAACAUUGUCGAUGAUAUUCCAGAAUUCAGAGACCUGGAUGAGAAGACCAGACAAGCCAGGCUAGAGGAGCUAGCGUGGGCCAUUGGAAAGUUGACUGACAUUGCACGCCAUGUCCGAGCUAAACGAGACGGUUGUGGCGCCCUGGAACUGGAAGGGGUAGAGGUUCGUGUUCAGCUGGAUGAGAAAAAGAACAUUCAUGACCUCAUCCCCAAGCAGCCCCUGGAGGUCCAUGAGACGGUGGCUGAAUGCAUGAUCCUGGCCAACCACUGGGUAGCCAAGAAGAUCUGGGAGAGCUUCCCGCAUCAGGCCUUGUUACGCCAACACCCUCCUCCACACCAGGAGUUUUUUUCUGAACUGCGAGAAUGUGCUAAAGCAAAAGGCUUCUUCAUAGAUACACGGUCCAAUAAAACACUGGCUGAUUCUCUGGAUAACGCGAAUGACCCCAAUGAUCCCAUUGUAAACAGGUUGCUACGAUCGAUGGCCACGCAGGCGAUGUCUAAUGCACUGUAUUUCUCCACUGGGUCGUGUGCAGAGGAAGAGUUCCAUCAUUAUGGCCUUGCAUUGGAUAAAUAUACUCACUUUACUUCUCCAAUAAGAAGAUACUCAGAUAUCGUAGUACACCGAUUGUUAAUGGCGGCCAUCGCAAAAGAUAAGAAAAUGGAAAUUAAGGACAAUUUGUUCAGCAACAAAGAUCUUGAGGAAUUAUGCAGACAUAUCAACAACAGAAACCGAGCAGCACAGCAUUCUCAGAAACAGUCCACUGAGCUCUUCCAGUGCAUGUAUUUUAAAGACAAAGACCCAGAAAAUGAGCGUUGCAUAUCUGAUGGGGUCAUAUAUUCAAUUAGAACAAAUGGUGUGCUUCUAUUUAUACCAAGGUUUGGGAUUAAAGGUGCUGCUUACCUAAAAAAUAAAGAUGGUUUGGUGAUCUCCUGCGGCCCAGAUGGCCGUUCUGAAUGGAAACCAGGAUCCCUGCAGCGAUUUCAAAACAAAAUCACCUCUACCACAACAGGAGGGGAAUCUGUUACGUUCCAUUUGUUUGACCACGUAACAGUGAGAAUAUCUGUACAGGCCUCCCGCUGCCAUUCUGAUACAAUCAGGCUCGAAAUAAUAAGCAACAAACCGUACAUGUCACCAGAUACAGAACUAUUUCAUCAGAGCUCCCUCUUGCUAAAGAGUGAUUUAGUGAAAGAAGUAACCAGAUCUGUGGAGGAAGCUCAGCUUGCCCAAGAAGUCAAAGUAAACGUCAUCCAGGAAGAUUAUCAAAAAUACUGCCAAACAAAGGGAAGAAGCCUGUACAUGCUUCUAGAAGAGAUAAGGGACCUAGCUCUUCUGGAUGUUUCGAACAGUUAUGGAAUGUGAGAUAUUCUUCUUACUUCAUUAAAAGAGCUGUUUUGUGAAUGUUUUACCUUCUUUUUAACAUUAACAUCCAAUGUUCUUUGUCACCUAAUGUACUAGUUGACUGGAAAUGGGUAGAUCACAAAUGCACAAAACGUUUUCUCAUCAUUAUUAAUUACAGCUUCGUUAAAGUGCAAUUAGGUCACUGUGGAAACGGAUUUUUCAGAAAUGAACACAUCGUGAAUGGUGGCUCUGUAAGUCCGAUUGCCAGUCUCUUUUUAAUAAACCCAGCAUUGAUUUUUGAUUA